CCCGCCUCCCGCACCCGCGCUCCGCCUCAAAGUCGGGGGUGGCCGACUCAUGCGUCAUCCGGACGCGCUAUUUUGCUGGUGACGCGUUGAUGGUGCGCCGAGUGUCGGUGUUAUGGCGGCGGUGGACAAUAGAGAUAACCUUCUGGGAAUUUCAUGGGUAGACAGUGCUUGGAUUCCAAUUCUAAAUCCAGGGAAUGUGCUCGACUACUUUUCUGAAAGAAGCAACCCAUUUUAUGAUCGAACUUGCAACAAUGAGGUGGUCAAAAUGCAGCGGCUUAGCCUGGACCAUCUACAUAACAUGACUGGUCUGGAAUACAUUCUGCUUCAUGCUCAAGAACCUAUAUUGUAUAUUAUUCGAAAGCAACAUAGGCACACUCCAACACAAGCUACUCCUUUGGCUGACUAUUAUAUAAUUGCUGGAGUGGUGUAUCAGGCCCCUGAUUUGGGAUCUGUAAUAAACUCUAGAAUGCUGACAGCAGUGCAUGCCGUUCAGUCUGCAUUUGAUGAAGCCAUGUCUUACUGCCGAUACCAUCCCUCUAAAGGGUACUGGUGGCAUUUCAAGGAUCAAGAGGAGAGGGAUAAAGUAAAACCAAAAUCAAAGAAGAAGGAGGAGCCUAGUUCAAUAUUUCAGCGUCAAAGAGUAGACAUGUUACUUCUGGAUAUCCGGCAAAAAUUCCAGCCCAAGUACAUUCAGCCAAAAUCUGGUGACAAACCUGUACCAGUGGAGCAGGUGAAAAAGGAAUCUGAGCCGGCAACUGAAACAAUCAAACAGGAGGAAAAAGACUCGACAAAGAACUCGCAGCAGAGUUCAACAACCAAAGCUCCUCCCGAGAAACGGAUGAGGCUGCAGUGAAGAGGUAUUCCUCUCACUAACUCGUCAACCCCCAGGCUCUGUUCUUAAGGGCUGCUGAACUCUUGUGUUUUCAUUUCAUACAGAGUAAUUAUUUUUUUGUUUGCUUCCACACUGCAAGCACAAAGUGAGUACAUUCUCUGGGAGAAUCUUAACCCUUGCAGUUCCUGAGUUCUUGUCUACUUCCGAAUUAACAGAUCUUGUUGCUUUGAACAUUAUUUUCUUGCUGUGGUUGAAAUAAGAUGGGAUCAUUGAAAGACGCACAAAGCUACCAUUUUAAGAGUUGCAGGAUAAGAGGAUUAAAGUUGAUACCAAGUGAUACCAUUGGUACUUAGCCAUUUAGUAUCCAUUUAAAAAGGAUGCUUUAUCUAAGAGCCACAAUUUAUUAAAAUCAAAAAUCUGGAAAUCUGAAACAAAAAUAGAAAAUGCUGGAAGCACUCAGCAGGUGGGGCACCAUCUGUGGGGAAACAAUGCAGGUUUCAAGUUGCAGAAACAUUCCGACAAAGGGCCUUUGACCUGCAAUGUUAAAUCUGUUUCUGUCUCCACUGAUGCUGCCUGACUGCCGAGUGUUUCCAGCAACUUCUGGGUUUUUUUUGUCUCCUUUUAACUGAUGUCAGUACCAUCAUCUGUUGCUUAAAGUUUCUUCUGUAUGUUCUACAAUAGCCUGCAGUAUGAGAAUGCUGCCAAACAUCAUUUCACAGAUACUUAAUGAAUGUUUCUGAAAAUGAAGUUGUGUGAAUAAUUUGGCUUUUAAAGUGUUUUUUUAAUGGUGUGAUUGAUGAUGUAGUUUUCUGAGAAGCAGCUAGUUUUGUGUUUCUGAAUAAAGAACUCUGAAAUUG